CCCUUGCUCCUCUCCCACUAAUUGCAUUCCUCCUCCUCACUAUCUCACUUUACUCCCACAAACUUCAAAACAAAGUUUCUUCACAUAAGUUCUACUUUCUCUCGUCACCUCUCCCUCCUUGUCAGGCAUUGGAAGAGAAACCCCGUUUAUAGCUGUUAUAAUUUUUGGGGAAGAUAUCUCUUUUCUUUCGAAAAGCGGCCAGACGACGUCACAUUAAUAAAAGAAAAUAUGAGUGCCACGCCCUCAAGAAGGUCGCCUGGACAACCGGGCUACGAUCCUAACUUAGUCGAAGUCAAGUCGAAAUUUGAGUACGAGUAUCGUAGGUUCAGCAUUGACAGGACGCAGUUAACCCAGUAUGAUGAGCUCAGUGCUUUAAUUAAAGAAUCUCACAAUCUUCCAACUGACAUGCCGUUUACUGUGUCUUACACGAAUCCGAAGAAUGAUGACAUCCUUCCCAUUAAUAAUGACAAGAACAUGAAUUCAGCUUUUCAAACAGCCAUGCCAUUCAUUAAACUAUUCAUAUACAGAGAAAGAGAGCUAAUGGAUGCUGAGAUUAAACUACAAGAGAAGAAGAAAAAGAGCAAGAGUCUCUUUAGCGAGAGCGUCAACAGUUCGACAGUAAUCGGAGCACCUAAAGAGUUUCGUAAAGUCAGUUCCAUAGUGGAUGCUGACCUUCUUCCAGACACAGUGAGGAGAGUGAAACUUGUCAAGCAAUCAACCGACCGCCCACUUGGAUUCUAUAUAAGGGACGGCACCAGUGUUCGGGUGACCCCCUACGGUUUGGAAAAGGUUCCUGGAAUAUUCAUAUCUCGGCUGGUCCCAGGGGGGCUUGCAGAGGGCACUGGCCUAUUAUCAGUCAACGAUGAGAUAAUUGAAGUUAACGGGAUAGAGACUUUGGGAAAGAGUCUAGACCAAGUGACCGACAUGAUGGUCGCCAACUCUCAGAACCUCAUAAUCACUGUGAAACCCUCGACGCUGCCCCCCAGCACUCCCAGAACCAGCACCGGUACCAUGCCAAAAACCAAGAGGGGGUCCCCGCCUCCCUCGGGGGGAGGAGGGAAAAACCGGAGCUCCUCCGAGUUACCGCAAGGAGGACGUCCAAGUAAUAAAGGAGAUCGGUCGACCCCGUCAAAAGGGAACGUGUCUGAUAACAGUUACAAUGGUAUGGGAGGGAGUUCGAAUAAAGAGGGUUUGAGAAAGAAGAUGAGUUCUGAUAUGAGCGGAGCAGGUGGUGGAGGUAAUGAAUAUUCUGAUGAGCCGAAGAGGAUAUUGCAUACUGUGAAUUAAUUAAUUUAUUAUUUUAAUUUAACUUGACUUACUGUCUGUUUCUUGUCUCUUUUCUUCUCAUCAUUUUCUCUUCUCGUCUUGCAUGUGUUGUGUUUACUUACUUGUGUGGGCGUAUCAUUUUCCAUUGUGUAAUGACUACAUACAGCAAAAACUAUUAUUAUUAUUAUUAUUAUUAUUAUUAUUAUUAUUAUUAUUGCCUCAUGAAUAUCAUUAUCUGACGACAGAUACUGCUUUUAUCAAAAGAAACUUUCUCUUUUUUUCUAUUAAAAAUUAUUAUUUUAUUGUUAAUGAGACCUCUCAUUUCAUGAGAUUUUUAAUUACCUCUCUAAAAUUAUUAUCAUUAUUAUUAUUAUAACUAUUAUGAUUAUUAUUAUUUAAGAAGAUAUAUUAAUUCAAAUCA